GUGCUUGCGCAGUUUCAACAGAUGACCUUGGCCUGCGCUGCUUCACUUCCCGAGCAAGCGAUAUCGGGUAAAGUUGGUGUAGCUGUGGUGCGUUUUGGGAAUUUAAUUUCGAUUUCUACAAUUCGUCGCUCAUCUAACCAUGGUCAAGAUGGAUCACGACGAUGGAAAGAAUGAGCCCGAACAUGUGCGAAAAUUAUUUAUUGGUGGCUUGGACUACAGAACCACUGACGAUUCUCUUAAAAAACAUUUCGAACAAUGGGGUGAAAUUGUCGACGUUGUAGUUAUGAAAGAUCCAAAGACUAAGCGGUCGCGAGGCUUUGGAUUCAUUACCUACUCUCGUGCUCACAUGGUUGACGAUGCUCAAAAUGCAAGACCUCACAGAGUAGACGGACGUGUUGUGGAACCAAAACGUGCAGUUCCUCGUCAAGAGAUUGGAAGACCGGAGGCUGGGGCAACAGUCAAGAAGUUGUUUGUUGGUGGACUGAAAGACGACCAUGAAGAAGAAGAUCUUCGUCAGUAUUUCCAAGCGUUUGGAAGUAUUAAUUCUGUCAGCAUUGUCACAGACAAAGAAACUGGGAAGAAACGAGGUUUUGGAUUCGUUGAAUUCGAUGAUUAUGAUCCUGUGGACAAGAUCUGCCUGCAGCGUAACCAUCAAAUCUGUAACAAGCACGUUGAUGUCAAGAAGGCGUUAAGCAAAGCUGAAAUGGCUUCUGCUACUGGUGGCGGUGGCGGUGGGGGUGGCAGAGGAGGCCAAGGAGGUGGACGCGGUCCACGAGGUAGCAAUCAGGGAGGUGGUAACUGGGGAGGCCGAGGUGGCGGUGGUAGCGGAGACUGGAACAAUGGUGGAAACCAAGGUGGAUAUGGAGGAGGUAAUCAAGGCGGAUGGGGAGGCAAUGGACCUUGGGAGAACCAAAAUCAAGGCGGUGGCUGGGGAGGCCAGGGAGGACAAGGAGGCUACAACAGUGGUGGAAACUGGAGCAAUGACAACUUCGGAGGUGGUUACCAACAAGGCUAUGGUGGUGGACCCGUUCGGAACAAUUUUAAUGCUGGUGGCAGACCUGCGCCUUAUGGUGGUGGACCAAUGGGUGGCAAUACAGGCGGCGGCGGCGGUGGCGGCGGCGGUGGCAGCGGAGGUGGUGGCGGUGGCUACGGCGGUGGUGGCGGCGGUAACCAAGGAGGAUACGGUGGCAACCCCGUCGGAGGUGGCAAUAUGGGCGGUGGCGGCGGUGGGAGGAGAUAUUAAACCACCCAAUGAAGUUUGUUGCGACGCUACGCUCCCUCAGAUGGUUUACCAUUUGCCGGCCGGUACAUUGAGCGUGAUCGACGUGUCUACCUGACCUCGGGGUCUCAGUUCUCGCUUGAGGUAAGUUUAUCAGAAUAUCAAUUCAUACAAUAUCCAUCCUUUCAGGUUGUUGUAGCGUAGAAAAAACAUUUUACACAAUGCGAGCAUGUUUUACACGUUUUUUAAUGCGUGUUUGCCGUAUACAAAGUACUAGUUUCUAUGACUCUGUGAAUGCGCAUGCGCGGAGUACAGAAAAUACUACUUUUAACUACUAUGAGUCAAAAGUGGUCUUUGGUGUAAUGCGCGCAUGCGCUGUUGUAAACAAAUCUUACGUUACGCGACCGUAACCUCAAUUUUGUGCUUCGUAAAAAACGCGUAACAUACUCUUGUUAUAAUAUAAAGAACCGUGUGCAAGGAGGCAACAGUCUUUUCACCCCGCAUAUUUGCAAUAUUCGUCUUCGGCAGAAACGGCGUAGGACGUGGGCGGUGUGGUCCAUCGCCUACGGCCUCAGUCCGAGGAGCCUCGCGCCUCUGAAGUUUAUACAGCUUUCUUCAUCUCAUGAAAAAUAUUUAUCUAAGGUCAUUAAAAGCACUGACUAAGAGUAAAUAUUUUACUCACUAUAAAACCAUAAAUCUCACGGGCUAGCAAGCAUCUGGUAAUACUAUUUUACCAUAUUCGUUUAUUGUUUUUAUUAAAUAUAGUUCAGCAACGUUUGCUGUGCGACCACCCACAGUUUUCCUUAAGCGUCACUUUUCUGGUACAUAGAAGAGUCAUACAUAGAAACGAUAACUCACGAAGGGACAUUAUACGAAAACUGUUACAUCUGUAACUUUUGGCACCAUUUUGCGAAACGUCAUUUAACCGAAAUACCAAAUUAUGCGCCGACGUCCAUAUCAAAAAAAUUUUAUGCGCUUCUUCAUACGUAGAAACGACAAUUCACGAAUGGACAUUUACCCGAAAAAAUCUAAAGAAAAAAACGCAAGGUAAUAAAGACAGUUUGAUUACAUGCUCAGUAAAAUAAUCAGUUGAUAAUAUAGAAAUCCGGGAUAGGAAAAAAUUGUUUUUUAAGUAUUUUAAAUUAUGUACGGUAUUUGAGAUCACAAAAAUAAAUUUCAUUUGUAAAAAUGUAGCGCAAAAUAUACGUCUCGUAGUUGAAUGUUAUCUUGAUUUUACCUACCUAUUUAGUGAAAUUUAGCUAUUGCAUUCGUUGUUCGAGUUUUGCAAACCGUAGGAACAAUUUGAAAACCUACUUCCAUUUUUGUUGCCAAAUGAUUUUUUUUUUCUUUUUCUUUCAAUAUUGUGCAUUAUUCGUGAUAUCAGUAUAUUUUUCUUUCUCCUUUCAUCAUACUUAAUUACGCAACGCAUACAUGGCGAAACAUUUUUACAAGUCAAAUCGGUUUUUGAGGAAUUUUAAACAUUUUCUCGACAAAAUAAUAACGUUAUUACUUGUGUAUUCUCGAGCUCUAAAGCUUUAGAAUUUGUCAUUUUGGUUCAGUGACGAAUCGAAAGUGAUGUUUGUGCGAAACCGUGGAUACCAUUGCUGACGUUGCGGUGACUGUCCAGUAGUAAGGCUAAAAGCAGGACAAUUUUGUUUCUUCAAUUUUUUUACUUUUAGUUAUUAAAGGUAAUUAAAGUGAGGAUGUUUGCAUUUUUGUGAAUAAUAGUUUUCUCUGCAUAAAACCCGACUUUCUUGCAUCACCAAAGGACCCCGCAAAAUUUAUCUUGCCGACAUUAAAUUUCGUUCUUUGACCUGUCACUGGACUUUGGCUCACCUACGACUCAUAUUGGCAAACUUACGCUCGGCCCGAAAAGAACCUCCUUGUUACACAAUAAUAAUAUACUAUUUUGUGAAAAUAUCAAAAUGUUGGUUCAUUAUUUUUCUUUCCAAUGCCAGCAAAUUAAAAAUCGCUCAACACUAGAUGUGGAUUCUCUCAUUCCUUUUAUUCGAAACAAAAGUCAGCCGAAAAACUUUCAUGUUUUAGUGAAAGUGAACAAAGUAUAUGGAUCGUUCAAUCGGUAAACUUUCAAGUGGUAACGUAUUUCGGCAAACGGAUUGUCGGUCGGUAAUAGUAGAGUCGGUAACUUCCUGCGGUUGAUAAUUAAGUAAAAAUGAGUUAAAUUUCAACAUUUGAUUACUAACAAUAAGCUGAUGUGCUCGAUACUCAUAACCACGAAACAAAAUAUCCUUACGCUGAUAAUUUUUCAUUUUUUUUUUUGCUUUAUUCAUUCGCUUUACUAAAAUUUAGAGAAUUUUAAGUUUCCAAAGUUAUGCAUUCGAAAAAAAAUGUAUUGUUACGUCGAGGUUACGAAGUUCAACCUAAUGAUCUCUGUACCAAGAACUAUUUAGGUAAAAUUUUCUUUUCGACGUGCUCUCAUCUUAUUCUAGUACUUUUCACAGGAAGGAGAAUUGGUUGAUCAAAACAUACAACACCAUAUCCUGUUUCUACGAACGCAGACAUCUGUUUUCUGGUUAAUUGAUAUUUUCUGAAUCAGCUGAGUUUUCAUUCACGAGUAAUUUUUGCUUUUACCCUUCUCAACCCUGUUUAGGUUAAUUCUUUCAUCUGAAAAUGGAUUUUUGAUUCCUUGGGUCAUUUCUCCUGUACUUGUCAUCUGAAUAAAAUAUUAUUUUCAGAUUAUCACUACAUCAAUGAAAACGUAUUUAUGCAAGUGUAAGGCUAUAUUGAGUCUUUUUGUGCGAAUUCUCAAAAUUAAACUAAGGUUAACGACAGCUGGUGAACUUCUGAGUAGUAUUUGCUGUGGAAAAAAACAGUAAGCACAAUGUAUGCACAAAAAAAGACCGCAGGAUCGGCAACCUAGAGCUCGUUUCUUUUUUCAUAAUGCAGUCCUUCUCACAAUUAGUCUAUUGCAUACUUUUUUUUAUUCUGUCUAGUUAUCUAUUGUUUGAAAUAUUUACAGUAUACUGUUGUCUAUUUUGUAUUGCACAAAAGUAUUAGCAUAAUCGUAGUACAUGAAGAACACAAAACCGAAUUCAAAAUUGUGCAAUUGAAACAUGUUACUUUCACAAUAUAUGUAAAAAUUAGGUAAAAGUGUAUUCCUUCGACGCAGCCAACUUGGAGGAAUUGCAAAAGAGAAACAUUUCGUAAGUAUGUAUUGAUUGAAUAUAAUCUGGUCUAUCGAAACGGCAAUAUCAAAUCAAGUUGCGUAUAUAAAAACAGAGACAAUUAAAAUUGGUAAAACUCUUACAGUGCGCACUCAUUGACUGGAAGCUACCAUAUUUCUCUUGUUUUGUAAACGCAUUUGUGUACCUGUGUAUCUAUUUAUGAAAGUGAAAUAAUAAAAGAAAGUAUGAAAAACA